GGUAGCAUUCUACACCUCCUUUUAAUUUGUCUUGUUUUAGCAUGUUUUGUUUGGGUGACAUGAAGUCACGUGAAUGGCUUUCAGGCCGCUUCUUCUCUCCCAUCCCCUUAUAAGACAUUUUUAUACUAUUAAUUAGGCCUUUUGGCCUUGUUAUUUCACUGCCCCUAUCCCCUUUCUCUAUACUUGUCCUUCUUUUACUGGACAACAUCUCUCUCUCUCCAUGACUCCAUUCUAUCUGAAUCCACCGACCUCUUCUCCUUUUCCAGUUGUGGAGAUUAGAGAAGAUCAGCAACAUCUGCAACUCUUCCUGUCACCCCAUCAAGCAGCUGCUUCUCUCUCUUCUGCUCCUGCUUUUUUUGAUACAACUGGUCAUGAUCAAGAUCAAAGAGGAGCCCAACUUGGGGGGUCUAGACAGCAUCAUCAGGAGGAUGACAAGUACAUAUUACAGAGCAGAUGGAGUGAUGAUCAUCAUAAACCCCUUUCUUCAUCUUCAUUUCAAGCUCCAGCGAUCAGUGAGAGUAACAGUAACGAGGUCCAAAAAUUUUUCUCCUGCAAAAGAGAGGAUGGAGAUUAUGAAGGAAGUGUUGGUGAGGGAUCUGCAGCCAAAUGGAUGCCCUCGAAGAUGAGGUUGAUGCACAAAAUGAUGAACUCUAGUUCUAAUUUCUCAGCGACUGAUGAACCAGUGAAAUUUACAGUCAAGUUUCAAGAUCAGCAGUGUCAUACUAACAACAAUAUCAGAGUCUGCGCAGACUGCAACACUACCAGUACACCUCUUUGGAGGAGUGGCCCUCAGGGCCCCAAGAGGAAGGCGAGACGAGCAAUGGCAGCGGCGGCUGCCAUGGCAAAUGGCACAGUUGUUGCCAUGGAGACGUCACCUAUGAAGACCAAGAUGCACAACAAGGAAAAGAAGCUGCGCACAGGUCAUAUUGCACAAGGAAAGAAAUUGAGAAAGCCUCUUGAUUUGGCUCAAGGCCAAAAGAAGCUUUGCAGCUUCAAGAAUCUUGCAAUAAGCUUGAGCAAGAAUUCGGCUCUUCAACGAGUGUUUCCACAGGAUGUGGAAGAAGCAGCAAUACUGCUUAUGGAAUUAUCUUGUGGUUUCAUUAGUUGAAAAUUUUCAUAUUAAUUACUUUUCUUGACUCGGAGAGCUUCUUAGUUAAUCUGUGAUAGUUAUGAGAUCUUGAAAUUUCUGUAAUAUUGCAAACCAAAUAAUAGGUUUGCUGCAUUUUAGCUUUUUUUGGUAAUUAAAAUAAUGGAAAUAAUUAAAUAAUAAAUUCUGAAAAUUGAUAAUCCAUAUAUUUAAUUUUUUGAAA